UUCACGAGGUCAUGAUCAUCGUCGUCAAAGUCCCCGGCUUUCGGGACGAACACGGUAUACACCGUCGAAGUGUCGUCGGCCAGCCACGGAUUGGUUGGCGGGUGGCGCGCGGGUGCUUCCAGCUCUGACGUCACGCUUCGCCCAGUUUGAAAUGGUCCCGGCCGUCAGUCGCGCGCCGAACGUCGAACUGAAUGCAUGGUGGUGUUCCUCGUUUUCUCCCUGUCGACCCUUCGAAAGUAUCGAUACAAAUUAUUCGGUGAUAAUAAAAUCAAACGGUGCCAGUUAUCCAUUGAUCCUCGUAACAAACCAACGCGUGACAUAACCUCUAACGCACCAACUGUCAUUAGUGUAUUGUGUCCGAAGGAAAAGUUGCAUAUAUUAUAAAUCUUCUCUAAAACACCCUUCGAUUCGAUUGUUGUCGAUGAACGACAAUACCGAACGAGGGAACGACUUCCCCAUUUUCUUCGAGUAAAUCAAAGCUUCGUGUGCGAUCCGCGGAAUGUUGUCGAGCGAUGGAUAAGCUUACCCGAAGGAAAGGGCGUCGAUCCGAGCAACGUUUGAUCACGGGACCACGUGGUUAGUGUACAGCGAUUGUGUGACCAACGAGUUUAAUAGAAAUUGAAGAAUCAUUGAAAUAUUAACUGUAGAGUGGUCGUUAUGAUGUGUUUCCACUGUCGAGUGGUGGUUUAGCUCCCGUUUGACGAGCAUAACCUAUUGCGAAACCAAUUCGUUCGAUCGCCUGAGUGACGGGGACCAUUUUAUGGUGGUGCAUGGACCGCGUGUCGAGUAUCGCUGGGAUCUGUUCGCGUUGAUUUAAUAUGCGUGUCGCGGGGAAACGGACCGACGAUACAUUCGACGCCGGGCAUCUGACUUUGACGUAUCCACGGAUGCCCCUUGAGGCGUGACUCCUCGCAACUCUCUCCGUCAGAGGUUGUGUCGCCGCGGGAAAGUGUUUUGCUCCGUUUGGUACUUCGCGUCAGUGACAAAGCGCGGGGUGAUGUGCUGGUGUCUGUGUCGCGUCGGCUGAGCAGUGCGCCGCGGUGUGUACCGGAUGCCAAGACGAUAAUCGGUUCCUUGUCUUGAGGCCGCCGCGACCUGUCUCAUCAUGCUGAUGAUCGUUUUGCUGUUCCUUCUGGGCCAACCGCUCGCGUGGGCUGACCAUUUGGCCUUGUUAUCAGGCACCCUGAAGACCUACCAACGAGCAGCCUGCGACGAGGAGUUGAUGACGCUCAAAUGUCCACCAGGCACGACCAUCACCGUUGCUCUCGCUCAAUAUGGCCGGGCUGGCGCAAACGGCAACGGCAGGUGCAGCACCUACGAUCCGUCAUCUCUUGCAGGGGACAAACUGAAUCACACGUGCAUCUGGCCCCAGUCACUGCAGACGGUGGUGGAGGUUUGUCAGAAGAAGAGACAGUGCAAGUUUAAUACCAGUCCGAAGACCUUUCAGGGAGAUCCGUGUCCUGGGCUCCCAAAGUAUAUCGAGGUCGCCUAUCAAUGCCGUCCUUAUGAGUUCAGGAGCAAGGUUGCUUGCGAGAACGACGUGAUCAAUCUUGUUUGCUAUCCUGGACAAAGGGUAGCCAUUUUUAGUGCGUCGUUCGGUAGAACGGAACAUGAAUCACUUCAGUGUCCACAGCCACGCGGUGUCAAAGAAGAAACGUGCAUUGCGUCAUAUGCCACGGAAACCGUGAUGAAUUUGUGCCAUGGAAAACGCCGUUGCUCAGUGGUGGCAAACAGUUCGACGUUCGGUGAACCCUGCAGCCCGGAUAGUAGAACUUAUUUGAGGGUCGUUUACACGUGUGGUUUUGUGAAUGAAAUGGAUUGA